AUGAGGCUACGCCAUUACCUCAAAAUCCGGAACGCCGACGACAGGGCGGCGAUGGCGAAGCUCAUGAUCAGCAGCCAUGCCCUGGCCAUCGAGCGCUUUCGCCACGGCUCCGGAGUGAGGAAUGGCACGAAGCGCCUCGUGGUGCCGCGCGAGGAGAGGCUCUGCCGCCUUCAAGCGCUGAAGCAGCUGCGCGCAAACUUCUACGCCAGCCUCCAUGAGACGCGGCCAGACUUCGUCAGGCCAAACACGGAGGAGCAGGGGCUAGUUGCGCUUCGGCAGCUCAUCUGCGCGCAUGACGUAUGCGCACUAUUCGCGUCGUUCGUAAAGAAGGCGUUAGACGCCUUCGGGGAAGUCGAGCUGGUAUGGCCGCUCCGUUAUACAGUUAAAGUAGACGAAGAGAACGUGUCGGACGAGGACGAGGUGGACGAGAGUAUUGUCUAA